AUGAAAUCCGUCCAAAAUACAAAUGUUCAAAAAUGUUUUUAUAUCGAUGGUCCAGGCGGUAGUGGCAAAACAUAUUUAUAUCGCGCAUUGAUUGAAAAAUUUAAUCUAAUUCAUAAGAAAACAUUAAUUGUAGCAUGGACAGGGAUAGCAGCGAUUUUAUUACCUGGAGGAAUGAUGUGUCAUUCAGCAUUUAGUUUACCUUUAGAUUUGUCAACAGUUAAAUUUCCUCGACUUUCUCAAUCUAAAAGAGAAAUUUUAAAAUCUUUAGAAUUGCUUAUCUGGGAUGAGGCACUCAUGGCACCUGGCACAGCGCUUGAAAUCGUCGAUUUGGUUUUCCAAGAUUUGAUGGAUAACAAACUUCCUUUUGGAGUAAAAGUUGUUAUUUUAGGUGGCGAUUUUCGUCAAGUUUUACCCGUUGUACGAAAAGGCUCUCGGGGUAUACAGUUAUCGAAAAAUAUGCGAGCUAUUACUGAUCCGGACUUUAGUCAAUGGCUUUUAAACGUAGGCAAUGGUGUUAUUACUAAACCAUCAUCUGCUAAAACAAACUUUUCUAUUAAAGUACCGAAUUCAUUGUUGUCAAAUAAUAUAGUAACAGAUAUUUUUGGAGCAAGUUUUACAUGUACUGAUGUACAAAAUAUUUCUCAACGUGCAAUUCUUUGCUCUAAAAACGAACAUGUACGGUUAAUCAAUGAAAAUGUUUUGGCUCUUUUACAAAAUUCUGAAAAAAUAACUUUCAAUGCGAUUGAUUCCGUGAAAAAUAAUGAUGGCUCUGAGAAUGAUAAUUUACAAGUAAAUAUUCCAGUAGAAUAUUUGAAUAGCUUAAAUCCUCCUGGAUUUCCCCCAUUUAAAUUAAAUAUUAAAUUAGGUUGCACUGUAAUGUUAUUGAGAAAUUUAUCUGUAAAAAAUGGAUUGUGUAAUGGAACACGGUUGAUUGUUUUAGGAACUCGUCAAAAUGUCAUACAAUGUAAAAUCAAUAAUGGAUCGUUUGCUGGAUCGGUUCAUUUUAUUCCACGAAUAUCUUUAGAUACAGCAAACGACCCCGCUCUCCCGUUUAAUUUUGUUAGACAUCAGUUUCCAUUGAACCUUGCGUAUGCUUUGACGAUAAAUAAAUCUCAGGGCCAAACCUUUGAAAAAGUAGGAAUUUACCUCGAAGAUCCCUGUUUUUCUCACGGCCAACUUUAUACUGGUUGUUCGAGAGCUAUGAAUUCUAGCUCUUUAAAAAUCCAAAUUAAAAAUAAUACCCUGCAAGGAGAAACGAUCGAUGGUGUCGUAACCGACAAUAUUGUCUAUAAAGAAAUUUUUUAA